AUGGGAAUUCUCGGAGCCAAACGCGAAGCCCAACUUAAGGCUGGCAUCGAACAGUGGCUGCUCAAGAAGACCGACGACGUCCCUGAACUCAAACAAAUCAAGAACAUCCUCAAGACCCACGACACCCAGCACCACUUGCUUCCUCUGGCGUUCCACAAACGAAUCAAGCCGCCCGUAUCACCACCUAGACGACUGCUGUUCAAGGCCGAAGUGGUGGCUGGCAAGCGAGUGCCGUUCACCAAGGCGUUGGCCGUCAAAGACCGCAAGCGCAUGGACGUGAUCUACGAGUCGGACGACUACGAAAAGGAGAAGCGCCAAACGACUGAAACCAAGUCGUAUUCGACGCGUCCCAAUGGUAGUGGUGGCAUCAUGGUGUGGGGUUGUUUUUGCAUCCUCGGCAAACUCGAUCUGGCCUUUCUCUAG